UACUGUCGAUAUAUUCGCGAUCAUGCUAAAGUGGGUGCAUUACUGCCCGUUGCCGAGGGAUCGCACGGUCGCUCCUUCGGACGCAAAGAUGAUUGUUUCGAGCGAGACUACGAAAGACGAAAAAGACGAAGAAAGAAUAUUUGAAAGAAGAAAAUACGGUGCUGACACGGUGCGAAAUACGCGAAAUACGAAAACCGCCACACUGGAUGCCAUCAUGAAGAGAUGCUUCCGGUUUGGGGGUUCAGAUCCGAGGGUAGCGACCUGCAGAGGAAAACUACAGAACAAGCGAAGUAAACUCAAUCAAGAGAUCAACAAGGAGCUACGGUUACGAGCGGGCGCUGAGAAUCUCUUUAAGGCAACGACUAACAGAAAAUUGAAAGAGACCGUCGCAUUGGAGUUAAGCUUUGUCAACUCAAAUCUGCAGUUGUUAAAGGAACAGCUUGCCGAGUUGAACAGUUCAGUGGAACUGUAUCAGAAUGUCGAUGGCGCUGAACCUAUUAUGCCGAUGAUACCAUUAGGACUCAAAGAGACCAAAGACAUCGAUUUUCGAGAUCCAUUCAAAGACUUUAUCUUGGAGCAUUAUAGCGAAGAUGGGGAAAACUAUGAAGAAGCUAUAGCUGACUUGAUGGAAACUAGACAGGCUACAAGGACACCGACCAGAGAUUCAGCAGGCAUCGCGUUACUCCUGCGUUAUUAUAAUCAGCUGUAUUUCAUAGAGAGACGUUUCUUUCCGCCUGAUAGAAGCCUUGGCAUCUAUUUUGAAUGGUUUGAUUCGUUGACAGGAGUACCGAGUUGCCAACGAACGGUCGCCUUCGAGAAGGCGUCCAUUCUUUUUAAUGCCGGCGCACUUUAUACACAACUGGCUGCCAAGCAGGAUCGUCUGACCGCUCGAGGACUCGAUCAAGCAGUCGAUGCUUUUCUCAGAGCGGCUGGUACCUUUCGGUAUAUCCAUGAGAAUUUCACAAAUGCACCGAGUAUGGAUCUGGGCCCAGAUAUGUUAGAGAUGCUGGUACAGUUGAUGCUUGCUCAGGCAAGAGAAUGUCUCUUUGAAAAGCUGGAGCUUCAAUCGAAAGAUAGCAGAAACGUCGAUGUUUGUUUAGAUCUUGCUCAAGAGGCAGCUCAGGUUGCAGCGAUAUACAAUGAUGUUCACGGAUUGAUAUCACGUGAGCCAGUUCGUGACUAUGUUCCAGAGACGUGGAUCUCGUUGAUACUGGUGAAGCGCGAACACCAUCUUGCCCUCGCUCACAAGCAUAUCGCUGUUGGUCUGCUGGACAGACCAAUCGCUGAAUUUCGCGUGGAAACAAGGCUCACAUUAGAACAUAUCCAAAAGAGCGACGGAAAAACUCAAUUGGACGCAACUAUUCCCAGAGAUGACAACGAAAGGAAAUUAUUGGGCAAAGCACAUCUCAGAGAAGCUCUAGUUUUGCAUGACGAGAGUCAACGACUCCAGAGAAUGUGCCGCGAGCUGAAAGGAAAACAAGCUCUAGCAAGGGUUCUAAAGAAAGCUCAAGAAGCAACGCUUGAAAGCUAUAAUAGGUUUGGUAAUGAGGACGAUUUUCGAGAACUUUUGGAUCCACCGGAUAUUAUCGCCUCAACAAAAUUUCAACUUAGUAUCACUCACCCCGAUUUUGGACAACACGGAGUGGAUGAUCUUUUCAAAUCUUUGGGACCUGUAGCGAUAUUUUCUGCUAAACGACAUUGGACCGCACCGCGAUUGGUACAGCUUCAAAGAGGCCCUGAUGGCGAAGGUUUCGGAUUUAGUGUUCGCGGUGAUGCUCCGGUGAUAGUAGCAGCCGUUGAUCACAAUUCGCUAGCGGAUUUGGGUGGAAUGAAGGAAAGUGAUUUCAUAGUUGGCAUCGGCGACAAAGAUGUCAAAUGGGCGUCCCACGAGCAAGUCGUGCGGAUGAUAAAACAAUGCGGUGACUUUAUAAAUUUGAAAUUAGUCACCCCAAUGGAUAGAAAUUAUCUAAAGAAACCAGGAAAACCCAACAACCAUCACGAUAAAGGCAGCGUCUCGGCAAGCAGCUCUUCUGGAGUUUCUUCCGGUCAACCGAGCCCAGCGGGAUCCGUUACUACGGCGCACGUAGUCAGAAGACUUCCAUGGAAUCCAUUUAAAAAAUCCGGUAUUCAACGCGAGAACAGAGAUCUAACCUUCGACAAUGUUAUUCUUAGAUGAUUACCGAAUUAGAGAC